AUGCAGCAAGCUAGGCAGACACUUGCACAGCCGAUAGAGCUUCUAUCCAUGGAGAAGCUAGACAAGAUCCAGGAGUAUGUGGAGACUGAAGAGAAGGUGUAUGCACUUGCCUCAGAAGUAGAGCAGCUGCUCUCCAUGCAUAUUGAGAAAAGAGACUUUUUAUUUGGACACAUAUGCAGAGAUAUAUAG